UAUCACAUCCGCAAUCACUCUUGAACUUUCGUUUUACAUUCACAAAAAUCAACAUAUUGAAACUUUACUCGUCUGUUUUAGUAGAUUACAAACUUGCUAUUUUUACAACAUUUAAUCAAUGUUAUUGAGGAUAUACCUCUUGUAAAAUAGCACAUUUUAUACAUUUUGGAUACACAUUGAAGUUAAUGAAAAUGUACUAUUUGGAAAUCGAAAGUAGCCAGGUAGACGUGAAGUGAUAUUUAUUUGUCCUGCUAAUGAAACACCAAAGUGAAUGGAUUCAACCGAAGAAAACGGCAGCCCAACACAGGAAUCAACCAGCGAAAUGAUCAGCGAGUGUGCUGUGAUAAAGCGAUGUGAGACUUGUUUACAGGAUAAUACCUCAGUCGAGGCGACAGUGGUUUGUACAUCGUGUACCGAAUUCUUGUGUGACGGAUGCAAACCUGGACACAUUCGUUUUAUAAGAGGUAAACAUGAUUUUGUGGAAUUUAAAGAUUUUAAAAUGAACUCUAUCACAGUGGAUCUUAAAGGAAUUGACGCAUGCGGAGAGCACACAAAGAAGGUAAAGUUUUUCUGCAAAGAUCAUUCGUUGUUGUGCUGUAGUACAUGUGCAUUAUUCAGUCACAGAAAAUGUGAAAACAUCAACGAAUUAGUAAAGAUUUCGGGCGAUAGCGGUCAGGAAUUGCAUAACCUAAUAGAUAAACUUUAUACCGCAGCGGGUUAUGAAUGUAGUAAGAUAGAAGAUUGCAAGCAAACGGUUAAAGCUCUUUAUGAUAAGCUUAGGAAUCUUCAAGAUGAGUUACAUAAAACGAAAGAAGAAAUAAAUAAAAUAUUUGACCAAACUAUCGUUUUGAUAAAUAAAGAAGCUAAAGUCACUGUUGAUAUUGAAUCUAAACGUCUUGGUGAAAGACGAUCCGCGUCUAAAGUUGUGCUUCAGAGCAUCGUCGAAAUAUUGCCUUUAUGUGCUGAUGUGAUUGAUAACGGCACGCCACAACAAGCGUUUAUCCUUACAAGUUGCCUUGAGAAAAAACUAGAAGAAAUCAACACUCAUAUCAAAGAGCAACAUGUCAGCCAUUUCUCGUUGGAUCUGUCUUUGCAUUUAUCAACAGAAUUAACUAACCUUCUGCAAACGCGUAGUGACGUUGUGAAACUAAGGGCUAAGAAAUGCGAUCCGAUCAAAGUUUACUCAAGUUCAGAAAAUUCAACAUCCCAGUCAAGACCAGUCACCCUAACGCUUCUCCUGUCCGUGAAAUUAUCAAAAACUGGCGAUCACGAGAAAGAACCUUUCCUCAGUGGAUUGGCAUUCCUGCCAUACGGGAGACUGGUAGUCGUAGAUAGGAAGAACAAGACAUGUAUGAUACUGAAUGAGCGGCUUCAAAGACAAGGGACACCGUACACGUUCAAGUCACAUCCACGUUGCGUUGUAUGUGUGUCUCCGGGUGAAAUAGCAGUAACAUUGAGUAAUAACACCAUAUGUCUCCUUUAUAUUAAUGUUGAUAAUGUCAUCAGUCUCCACAAGGAAAUCACCACAUCAUCCAAUAUUUUCUCUAUAUGCUGUAAGUCGCCAACCAACAUGGUAGUUAGUACGUGCGAUGAAACCCGCCAUGCUACAAUAAUAUCAGUGGACGGUGUGGAAUCAGAUCUUAAUCUCGUGAUGUUUCCUACGACGACUUAUAAAGCUGACCAGAGUAAGUGCACGUAUGUCCAGUCUAAGGAAACGUUAAUACUCACUGACAGGCUCGCUCACACAGUGUUCAUGUACGACACCAAUAAGGGCACGUCUAGAGCAUUCACGUGUGAUAAUAUACGGCAACCUCGUGAUGCAUGUGUAGGGCCUGGUGACACGGUGCUGGUGUGCAGUAUGAGGAAGAACUCCAUCGUGCACUUGAGUGUUGAUGGGGACUUACUCGGCACCUACCCAGUGGAUAUGAAAUACCCGUACAGCAUAUGUGUGUCCAAGUAUGGUACAAGGCUGGCGGUGUCCAACUGCGUUAAAGGCGCCAAGAUACUUCAAUUGUAUAAGAUAUCACCAGCUAUGAGUUAGAUUACUAGUAAAUUGUUAUCAUUGUGAACAUGGGUUCUUAAAGGGACCAUCAACCGAGAUUAACGAAAAAAG